AUUCAAUUUAAUUUAUAAAAUACAUUAGAGAAAAUACGAGAAAAAUAUUCGAUCUUAUCAUACCGAUAGUCGAUUAUACGAACUAUGCUAUUAUGGGUAUCACUUGCGCUGUAGCUUGGGAACUUCCAAGUAAACCACCUAGCGAAAUAGUCGAAAAUUUUCGGGAUAAGUUAAACGAUGGCACUUAUGGUCUAACACGACGCAACGAUACUCUACACAAUAACAUCAAGUACGUUGACAACACCAACAAUGAUUUUGCUGUAAAUUCCCCAGCAACAAUGAAAACUCAAAAUCUUUAUCAAAAUUCAUACACAAACCAAAAAUCAGUACCAACUCCCACAGACCCGUAUUACAAUUUCAAUAACAAUUAUAACAAUGGCAAUUCAAGUAGCACGGCUGUUCAGUUGGAAUCCAAUGCGUUGUAUGCAAAUCCUUACGAAACUACAAAAACGGCAGCCGUUAACCAGGCGCUGCAUCCUGCAACCUAUUCGACACACUACCAAGCAUACAAUGUCGGUGACAACUCUGCUAAAUACUCAUUCGAUAAGACUCAAAGUAAAACUUUAUACGGGAAUCGAGCAGAUACACCAACACACUCAAAAUAUUAUAAAACGACAAAUGGCGUCAGUGGCAUUUCCGGGUAUAAGUACGCAGAUAAGCAAAAAUUUACUGAUUGGCAUCGGCAAGGCAAUACUGCGAAAACAACGAACAAUGUUAUAUACGGGUAUAACCAGAGGCAGCAACAGCAAAAACACCAACAACAGCAACACCAGCAACAACAGCAACGACUACAACAAUCGCUGCAAUUGCAAUCUGCAGUAAACACAAAGUAUGAGCAAGGACAUCCGGGUUGGUCCAAGCAUAAUUGGUGGGAAACAAACAAGCAGCGUAUUGAAAGCGAUUGGCGUGAAAAGCAACACAAAUGGGCUAAAUACGAAUCAGUACAACCAGAAAAAUCAACCACUACCAAGUACAAUGCGCCUAUUUAUGCUCCGAUACGCACUGGCAGAAAUCGUAAAGUACUACAAAAUCCGCCCAAGCAUCGUAUUUAUCCUGUAUUCGGCAAAAAACGACGUCGACGACGAGCCCAAAGCCAAAGCUCGGGAGGAAGGGACAGAAAUUUGCUAGAUUUCGAGCUCAAAAUGGAGCGAAUUCAUUUGCAUGAGCAUGUACAAUCGCGUCAGAUAUUGUAUAGAAAAAUUGAAAAACUUUUCCAAGCACACGGUCACAAUGGCACCGCUUGUGUACUGCGGGCACUUUGCGAAACUGGGCAAAGGCACUUUCGCACUGAACCACAAACUUUUAUUAUGGAACUUUUACGAGCAAUUUUCGUAUUACCAAAGGAUAUGCCACCUGCAGUACAGGAACGUAUAACUGGAAAAAAUGUUAAAACAAAAACUAAAGUGAAGCCACACAUUGCGACGCACUACAGUAACGCAUACGGUACGCAGACCAAUUGUGGGGAACUUUUCACCAUGUGUGAACACAGCAUUUGGAGCGAUUUUGAAUUUAAAAUGUGAUAAUUAUUAU